AUGUCAAAACUUGUCGCUUGGGAUCGGCUGGUCCGCUACUGUCUUGCCGACAGCGACAAUAUCAAAUAUGGCCAGCCAGUACUGAGCAAAGGUCAAGAAACAGAGAUCAGUCAGCUUGCUCGGGCUGGCAAGCUGGAAGUUGAGGUGCUUGAGGGGUCGAGCCCAUUCGAUGCUUCGCCCACAGGCAGGGUCGAGCGUGUUGGAAGACUGCUUGGACCCUUGCGUCCAGAAGACGUUCCAAUUGUGAGGUGCAUUGGUCUCAAUUACAAAACGCAUAUCCUUGAAACGGGCCGUGCCUUACCCACCUGCCCGACGGUCUUCACGAAGCCCGCGCCAUCUGUGGCAGAUCAUGGUGAAGACAUACCCAUUCCCAAGAUAGCACAGUCACAGUGUGAUUAUGAAGGGGAGCUCGUGGUCCUGAUAGGGAAGGAUGCCAAAGACGUCAGUGAGGCAGAGGCUCUAGACUAUGUUGCAGGCUAUACUGUGGGCAACGACGUGUCUGCUCGAGACUGGCAACGCGAAACUGGAAAAGCCGGUCCAGUGCCUCAGUGGUCGUUCAGCAAGUCGUUCGACAAGUACGCACCGCUAGGUCCCUGUCUGACCGCAGCCCACGUACUGGGGGAUGCGAGUGGGCUUCAGCUGAAGACGUUGGUGAAUGGCGAAAAGAGACAGGAGUCGAACACCAGUGACCUCUGCUUUGGCGUGCGCCAGCUAGUGGCUUUUUGCAGUCAAGGCCAGACUCUGCAGAAGGGAUCGCUCAUUAUGACAGGUACACCGGGAGGGGUUGCUCUGUUCAUGAAGCCACAGGUGUUCCUGAAGCAUGGUGACGAGGUUUGCGUUGAGAUUGCACGGAUCGGACGCCUCUCGAACAAGAUGAGCUUCUUGUGA